AUGUGGUUCCCCACUAGAGAAUGUGCCUCCCUCACUCCAGAUCCUGUUCCUACCAGCCUCACAUCUACAGGCUGUGGUUCCCCACUAGAGAAUGUGCCUCCGUCACUCCAGAUCAUGUUUCUACCAGCCUCACAUCUAGAGGAUGUGGUGUUUACAGAUGUCGGACAACAGCUAGUCCCUCGUCGACAGGGAGGAUGUUUAUCCCCUUUCAUUCAUGGAGCUGACUUUGCAACAACAGGACUUUAUGACCUCCACGAUAUGGAUGACGAGUUGCUGACAGCGCCAUACGAAAACGAGACUGAGAAGACCCGCCAGAGCUGGAAUGACAUGAGUAAAGGAGAAUACUUCAAGCUGAUUCAGCUUCCAUCUCAGACUGAAGAAUCAAAAUCCGUGGAAAAAAAAUUCAAAGCUACUCUCUCAUCAGAUGUUGAGAUCAUAAAGAUUGAACGCAUUCAAAACCAGUACCUGUUUGAUCAAUAUUGUAGAACGAAACGUCAUUUCGACGAGAAGAACCCAAAACUGCGCAACCAGCGAAAACUUUGGCACGGGACAUCGUCUGACUCUACCAACAGCAUAAACACAACUGGAUUUAACAGAAGCUAUUGUGGCAAAAAUGGUGAGUGGUUUAGAGAAAGCUAAUAUCUAUGAGGGAUUGUUCUGUACUUAUAUAAUAUUAGAAAUUUGUCUGUGAGAUAUUUAAAUAUAUAAAAUCGUAAAACAAAUGUCCA